GCAGGACUCCUGAAGCCUGAGAGGUCCGUGCGUGGCAGGCGGAGACGAGGUACCAGGUCUCAAAGGCAGUGAUCGGUGGAAGAGUCAUUCACCCAUGACGCCUCUUUAUACCCCAUCCAUCUCUCCACCCUCAUCACUACUGUUUUAGACCGUUAAAUGGAAAAAAAAAUCAACUGCACUAAAAUUAUGCUGUUGUUGUGUCAACUAUUAUUAUAGCAACCACUAUUAAAGACAAGAAAAAAAAACAUACAUAGGAGAAAGAUAUAGUCAGAUAAAUUUAUUUUUAAACAGUGAAGAAAUGAGAUUUUGUGGAUACAUUUUUCACUAGAUUUUCUCUUAGGUUAUAAAAUGAUGUCUGAACAUUGUGAUCAAAGAUCUUUCAGUUAGGUUGGUGUUAGAGUUGUGUCAAUGAAAAGCAGAGUAACAAACGAGUACUGUUUUCUUCUCAUCAGUGUGUUGCUCAUGAGUCAGGAUAAUGCCCGUUUACUUGAACGAUGCUCUCUGUUGAACGUGUGUUUGAACACGUGUUGAUUAGUGUGUCUUGUGUGUGUGUUUGUGUGUUGGACAACAGUGCUGUUUCUGAGCCCCCACUGUCUGACUGUUUGUCAAAUUUAUUUUUGUGUCGAUAAAGUAAAGGAGAACUCGUCUUUCUUUGCUGUUGUAUUUUGGAGACAGUGGUUGUUUUGAGAAGACACAUAAAAAAAGGUUUUUAGAAAGUGCUGAAAGAGAGAAUGCAGAUACGACUUUUUUUUUCUUCUUAAAAGUGUGAUGUGAACUCAAAAUGGGCCGUGUUAAGGAAACUGUCAGGCUUCUUUGGAUUUUUCCAGCAGUCACAGAAAAAAUAAUUUUGUAUCAGAUAUAACUCCUUAUUACUUUAAAAUGUAUAUUAGCAAUUUAAAAAAAAGUUUUUUUGGACAACUUUCAAUUAAUCUUAUAUGCCAGGUCCACAAAUGUUUUCUUCAAUGACUGAAUUUGUGAAGUUUGCGAUUCCACACUAUCUGGAACACCUGGUGAGAGCAGAUUGCCUCAUUUCUGCCGCCUUGUUACAUUUCACACACCCUUCUUUGUGUAACCGAUUACAUGUAGCAUUAGAGACAUUUAAAAUAAAACCCACUCUUAACUUCUCACCCUCCAACUAGAAUUUAAAGUCAAAGGGGUUGAAUUUAGAAUCUGAACAUUUGCACAAAACUUGAGUUCAUAGGAAGUACUGUAUGUCCUUUUGAUUGGUUGAAUGGUUUGAGGGGAUUCUUAAACAGAGUGAUGAUGUCUUGUGUUUAUCUGUUGGGUUUGUGUUUCUUGGAGCGAUAACCUCCCCAUUUGCUCGUAUCACCUUUUGAACUCUCCUCCUCACUGCCCUGCCCUACGAGUUCUGGCAUCUAGCUGUAUUUAAAAAAAAUAAAAAUAAAAAAUUAAGAAAACUGAAAAGGAAAGCAGAUUAUGCAAUUUCUAUACUUGGAAAUUUGUAUAUAUGUACAGUUAAUGUGUUUGAUUUUAUAUUGUCAAAGCGAGACAAGAGAAAACAAUUGUUAAUUUUUUUUUUUUUUGGAAUUGUAAUUACUUUUCUCAUUCUACCCCUUUGAUUUCAAUACUUAUGUUUAAAAAAGAUUAAAUUGUGGACUGUAGCGUUCUUUUUAUAUGGGAGUCAUUUUUUUAUUUAAUAUUAAACUAUUUACACAAAAUG